AUGGCACAACUGACACCUGUGGUCCUCAUCGGGACCUUCAACAUGAACCAACGGCCCAUCGAGCAAGACCUCUCAGACUGGCUCGCAACCCACCCAUCCCUGUCCUCGUUCACCCCCGAGACCCCGCCCAGCAGCCCCACCCAUUCUUCCGCCUCCGCUGCGACCGCAACACCUUUUAACAGUACACCAACGACAAACUCACCCCCUAUCAUGCCAGAUAUCGUCGCCGUCGCACUCCAGGAGUUCGUACCCUACCCCGACGCAUUCAUCCACGGCACCUACCAGAUCCGUACCCGCAUCGAUGACCUUGCCAACCUGAUUGUUCGUACUUUGCAUAGGACUUGUCCUGGAUAUAGGUUCUCGUUGGUGUCGCAGACGGCGCAGGUGGGGAUGAUUUUGUUUGUUUUGACGAGGGAUGGGUCUAUGACCGAGUUCGUUGAACGGAUCUCGAAUGCCUCUGUUGGUACUGGACCGGCUAUGAUGGGCAAUAAGGGCGCUAUUGCUACCAAACUGUCUAUCCGGUUACCGUCUUCGAGUGUGUCGGGGACGUCGUCUUUGGGAUCUUCGUAUUCGUCCUCUACCACUACAACCACAGCAACAACAACCACCACCACCACCACCACCACUGCCACGGGGACGACGACCUAUACCGGUAUUCAAUUCGGCUCAGAGGACGAUUCCAACAACUCUGCCAACAACAACAGUAACGCGGAGGUGCAUCACAGGACGAGUUUCGAUAUCUGUUUCAUAAACGCCCAUCUGAGCGCGCACCUGAACAAGAUCAAGCGGAGGAACGACGAUUAUCUGGCCAUCUGUCAGCGCAUGGUCUUUUUGGACGACAGGGAUAACCAUGUUGAAGGAUUGUUGUUUGAGCACCAGGAACGACUCUCGACUGCUGGUUCUUCCCCGAUGGCUACUCUCUCGUCUGCGACAACUACAGGUGGAGGUGGAGCGUACGAGUCGUUGGAGGAUUUGCAGACGGAGGAUGAUUUAUACCAGGCGGAUAGCGACUCGAAACCUCUGUUGGGAGGAAGCAAGAAGGAGUCAGGAAAAAACUCCAGCAAAGGAGGACAUCAUCAUCACCAUCGCCGCCAUAACCGUCGUCAUAGCCACAGCGACAAAGACGGGAAGAAAGCCGUGGUCUGGGAGGAGAGCAUUUUCUCAUGCGACUACAUCUUUUGGACGGGCGACCUCAACUACCGUCUGGACUUGGCCCAAUCCGACGGCUCCCUGUCCUCCUACAAGAAAAAGAACAAGCAGAAAUCUCAAUCGACCGAGGACCUCCUUUCCCAAUCAACUAUGCCCGACCUGACGGCUAGCGAGAUUGUCCAUGCGAUCAAGGCGGGCCAGUUGCGACAACUCUACAGCCAUGACCAACUCUCGGCCCAGCGCAAGACCCUGAAUGUGUUCAAGGGGUUCCAUGAGGCUCCGUUGGCGUUUGGACCGACUUACAAGUGCAAGAUGGGGUCGGCGACAGAGUAUGAUAUCUCGAAACGGGUUCCUGCAUGGACGGACCGUGUACUUUGGUUUGUAAAACCCAAGGAUGCGAGCGGUGCUGAUGAGGCCCACGAGGAUGAGGUGGAUGCGUGGGAUGAGCAUUCGAGGGAGUUGGGCCACGGUACUUUGCCAUUAGAGUCGUCGCCCAAUACCAGGAUUCAGUCAGGAAACUAUAGCUCCAUGGCAUCGUCGUUGGGUUCCUGGAGCGGGUCCAAGUCAAGAGGUGCAUUCUCGAGUCUGAGCAAGCGAGGUAGUGGACCUUCCAGAGGACCCGUGACCGCGGGCUUGUUCCAAUCCCCACUCGGAACUGGCGACAACUAUCGACAGCAGCAGCCUCUUACGACUGCCAGGUCCAACCAGACGCUGACCAGCAUCACCUCCAGAAACAGCAGCAGCCAUCUCCAACAAGCAACCGUCGGUCUCUCCCAGUCUCCCACAACAUCUUCUCCUUUGGGCGAACCCUGCACGAGCCCGUUGCAGAUCCACUACUACACCUCACACCCACACUACCUCUCGUCAGACCACAAGCCCGUCUCAGCACUGUUCACCCUGCACCCCCACAACCUGGCCUGGGCACAUCACGAGCCCAACCCUUAUGGCAUCGACCCGAACUGGAAGUCCAAGAGAUGGUUCGGAAAGAAGCUGACGACGGUUGUGGGUCAUAUGUUGAGAUGGGGCUUUUUGGCGCUCGGGUUGGGUGUUAUCAUGUACUUGUCUGUCCUCCUCCGGCGGCACUUGCACGGUUGGUAG